UAUUGUUAAAUUUACCAAAUAAAUACCUCUCUCCAACAUGCCUCUCAUGAAUCACACCUCUUUCUGUCUAAACAUCUCGCUGCAGCAAAACAAGAAACAAACCAUUCUUCUCCGCACAUAAAAACCAAAAUACAUAUUUAUCUCUCUGUUUGUGAGAUAUAUUUAGUUACGAAUGAGGUGUAAGAAGCAUUUGAGUGAUUGUAGCAGCGUGGCCGGAGUAUGCGCGUCGUGUCUUCGCGAACGUUUACUAACAAUCAUCGAAAAACAGUCAGGAUAUGAAGAUGAACUGCUCGUCGAACCACAAACUGAAGAUGAACACCGCAAAGCUGACGCGAUAUAUGAACGUGUUACGUUUCCGAGGUCGGUUUCGCCGUAUGUGUCUCGUCGAAAAUCGGAUAACACUGCUGUGUGGCCUCAUGUGCCGCUCAGUGGUACACCUGAAAUCGGCGCUAAUGGAAUGAUCACGAAAGGUGAGAGGCGUUCGAGAGACUCGAGAGCCGGGUUCUCGAGUCUCUCGAACUUAUUUCGAUCGAAAACAUCGAAAUUUGUGACCGAAUCUAAUUCAGAUUUCGGUGGAGAAACGAGAGCUAAAAAGUCAAAUUUCAUAAACUCCACGAUGACGGAGGCUCAGCAAACCAAGUCUCCGUCUUCGUGGUUUAUGAAAACAUCAAAAUUCGUUACGGAACAUAAUUCAGAUUUUGGUUCAGAAACGAGACCUAGAAAGUCAAAUUCAAUGAACUCCACGAUGACGGAGGCCCAGCAGACCAAGCCUCCGUCUUCGUGGUUCAAAAAGUUAUUUAUAAGUGAAAAGAAGAGAAACUCGGAUAUAAUUUCGACGAGUUUUCCCCAAGAAUACGAAUGCUCAGGCCAAACAUGUCCAAGAAGCACGCCAAUGCAAGCGACGCCACAGCGAAGAAAGCAGAAUCAGGGACUUUCGUUCUGCUUGAGUCCGUUGGUUCGAGCGAGACCGAGCAGGAGCUGGAAUCCGAAAGGAGGGCUGCCCGAAACGGUGAUCCAGAGUGGCGAUAUGAAAGGUUCACCGGGAAGGCCUGGUCUGAGUGUAGCGGCUUCGUCUGGGGCAAAUAGAUCACGGAAGCUUGCUAAUUUUGGAAGGUUUCGUGCUAACUAUUGAGCUGCAGUAAAUAUGCAGAGCGUGUCAUCAAACACUGUGUCCUGGAAUUCAUUUAGUUACUGUAUUAAACUUCUACCAGUAGGUCAUUCAUUUGUAUCUGCAGAUAUAUUAGUAUAAAAUUUACUUCUUCUCCUUCGU